GACGUUCUUCGUAACUUUUGUUACCGUUCUCUGCAAUUGUUUCAUCUUGAUUACAAUUAAUUAAAGUAAUUUACUGAGUAUAUGAAUGUUCUUAAUUGCUGCAUUUUUAGUGUGUUGUGUGUAUCUCUUAUUAUGCAGGGAUAGCGACAGUGGGGAGCCACUCAAAUCCGAACUGAAUAGUUUAAAAGUCUGCUUACAAUAUUUUUUUCAAGAAAAAUUUCCGGUUUACUGAAAAAAUGACUGAAUAUAAGCUAGUGGUGGUUGGAGCCGGUGGCGUUGGAAAGUCAGCAUUAACCAUACAAUUAAUUCAAAACCACUUUGUAGACGAAUAUGACCCAACUAUAGAAGAUUCAUAUCGAAAGCAGGUAGUCAUAGAUGGUGAGACGUGCCUUCUAGACAUUCUCGAUACGGCAGGCCAAGAGGAGUAUAGUGCUAUGAGAGACCAAUACAUGAGAACAGGUGAAGGAUUUCUCUUAGUAUUUGCUGUGAAUUCAGCAAAAAGUUUUGAGGAUAUAGGGACUUAUCGAGAACAAAUUAAACGUGUUAAAGAUGCAGAAGAGGUACCGAUGGUCCUUGUUGGGAACAAGUGUGAUUUACCGGCUUGGGCUGUAGAUAUGAAUCAAGCUAGAGAGAUUGCAAAACAGUAUGGUAUUCCCUUCGUGGAGACAUCAGCAAAAACGCGGAUGGGAGUGGACGAUGCGUUCUACACGUUAGUCCGAGAGAUCCGCAAGGACAAAUCCAGUAGAGGUAAACGGUCCCAUAAGUACAUCGGGGCGCACGGUCGCGUACCCUUCAAGUUGCGGUGCUCAAUCCUAUAGAGCAAAGGACACGUUACUAUCGAUCUCUCUUCGGAUCAAGUGAUAAUCUGAAUGGCAACGCACGCUAUCUAACCGUUGUCAAAUUACACAUUUAAAAACUGACAGUUGGUGUGAGUGUAUCAUGUAUAUUCAAUUUCAAAGUGCAGAGUGAUCAACCGGGAAGAAGCUUACUAUGGAAAACAAUUCUCCUAUCAUCGUCUAGCUUUCCACACAAUAGUAUAUUAUUGUUCUAAUCAAUUACUCAAAAGUUGCAGUAAAAAAAUUCAAAGCCAUCUCAUAGAUAUUAUAAUUGCUGUAAAAGUUAAUGGCAAAAUGUUGCUUCUUCGAUAUAUUGUAUACUUUCUUUACGCACACUGUUGUGAUGUCGUUUUUAUGCAUUAUUUUUUUGUAAUUGUUAAAGAGGGUUGGAUCGGGCUGACUUUUUCUUUUUAUCUAAAUUUGUCCUCGUGUCAAGUUAGGCGAUCUAAAAUGAACAUUAGUUGUAGCCGCUUAGGUAAGUAGUUCAAUGAAACUUAUUUUUUCUUUUCCUUCCAUUACGAUGUUGUCGAAUAGUAUCUAAAGCGGUUAUUUUCAGUGAUUCAAUAAAACCGUUGGAAUGCUAGGGUGUAUAUCAAUCUUUGAAACUAAGAAUUUGUCUAGUUUCCAUGGAUUUUUUUUUAUGUCCCAGUUGCAAUCGGUUAUUAUUUAUUACAAUGAAUAUUAAAAAAGGAGAAAUGACAUUUUUUCAUAUUUUCAAUUUUGGUGUUUUAAUUUUAGCUUGGAGUUUUUACAAUAACUUUUUUAAUUACAAAAAUAGAAAUAAAGUUGAUGUUUUUCACCAUUACCGAUUUUGUACAGUUUUGGAGCAAAAUUAUUUAGAUUUAUUUGUAUAUAAUGAAACAUAUGUAUAUGAAAGAUAAAAUAUGUUCCAUUUAUAAGUUACAAAAACAAUGUAAUCAAUAAAAUCAUCAAAUGAAUGAUAUUAGAGUUUAAUCAAAAAUUCAACAUAUUCGAAAAUAUUUUUUGAAUUUUAAAUGAUUCAAAUGUUAUUUUAUUGUAAAUAAAACAAUUAUGCCUUAUAUGUAAAGAAUCGAAAAUAAAAACAAAAUCAUUACAAUAAAAAUAAAGUAGGUACAGUAUAAUUUUGAUAGUCCGGACAGAUAUAGUUUUUAUCCCACCCGGAUUGUUGAAUUGUCCGAAUUGUAGAGGUGUUUUUGAAUAGUAAUAAAAACUAUGGAUUUACAGUGCAAAUGUAUUUAUUACAAAUGUUUUAAAUGAAUAUAAACAGAAAACAAU